AUGAAAGCUGUGGUUGAAAACUACGAUACAGUGAUGAUUGGAAAACAUCUUGAACGGCUGUUUUACAUUAAUUAUAUUUUUGAGGUGCUAAAUUACAAUGUAAUUGGCGGUAAGAAAAAUCGUGCAAAAAUGGUUGUGGAUGCUUUUAAGGAGACUGCACCAAAGGAAAAGUUAACAGACGAAAAUCUCUUACUAGCAGUUAACUUAGGAUUGUGCCUUGAAGUGUUUCAUGCAGCUUACCUAAUUUUUGAUGACAUUAUGGAUGAAAGCCCAACACGAAGAGGCAAACCGUCUUGGCACAAACUUGAUGAUGUUCAAUUGAAAGCCAUCAACGAUUCCUCAAUGAUGGAAGCAACAAUUUAUAAGUUUAUCAAAAAGAACUUCAAUCAUUUGCCCUGCUACGAAAAUAUCAUUGAUACAUUACACACAAAUAUUUUAAUAAUAACUGUUGGACAAUACCUGGACAUGAUAGCAACGGACCAGGAUGUCUUAACCUUCACAAUGGAGCAAUAUAGAAAAAUUGUCAUUCAUAAAGCUUCUAAUUAUACAAUUUAUACACCAACAAAAUUGGGCCAAAUUCUGGCAGGAAAAGAAGAUGUGCAUUGUGAAAAAGCUAAGAAUAUUCUCUAUGAAAUGGGAGCUUUCUUUCAAAUUCAGGACGAUUUCUUGGAUUGCUACGGAGAUCCAAAAGUAACAGGGAAAAUGGGAACAGAUAUCCAAGAUGGGAAAUGCACGUGGCUCGUUGUAACAUUCCUCCAACGCGCCAAUAGCGCUCAAAAGGAUAUUCUCAAGAAGUUUUAUGGAAAAAAGGAUGAAGAAUCCGUUGCGAGGAUUAAGCAGCUCUAUGAAGAUGUUGGUUUGCGUGAGGCCUACAGAAACUACGAAAAUACAGCCUACAAAAGCAUCAAAAGGGCUAUUCAGGAGACGAAUGGGAUUCCUAAGAAAAUGUGUGAAGGCCUAAUGGAUAAAAUUUAUAAGAGAAAAUUUUAA